CGUGGAAGUGAAAAAAAGUAUUGAGUGUAUCGUGACGUCACCGACGCUCUGACAGCCGACGUUGCAACCAUGGAGGAAGUGAGAGUGUUUCCGCUGACCUGUGCCGUGCAGAAUUAUGCGUGGGGGAAGCUGGGGCUGGACAGCGAGGUGGCCAAACUCGUGUUGGGGGGAGACCCGGUCGCUGUGGUGGAGGAGGGCAAGCCCUAUGCAGAGCUGUGGAUGGGUGCCCACCCAAAAGGAGAUGCCCAGAUCAAAGACAACCGGAUCGCUCAGACCACGCUGGGCGAGUGGAUCGCACACUUCCCCGCCUGCCUGGGCUCCAAGGUCAAAGACACCUUCCAGGGUCAGCUGCCCUUCCUCUUCAAGGUCCUGUCUGUCAACACAGCCCUGUCCAUACAGGCACACCCCAACAGAGAGUUAGCGGCUCGUCUCCAUGCUCAGUUUCCGGAGCAUUAUCCAGACAACAACCACAAGCCGGAGAUGGCCAUCGCCCUCACCCGCUUUGAGGGCCUCUGCGGCUUCAGACCGGCGGAGGAGAUCCUGGGGUUCCUCAAAUCUGUCCCAGAGUUUCAUGCUCUGGUGGGAAACGAGGCGGCAAUGGAGCUCAGGUGCAGCGUGGGAAAUGCGGUCCACACGGGCCAGGUGCUGAAGAAGUGCUUCACCAGGAUGAUGAACUGCGAGAAGAAGGUGUUCGUGGAUCAGCUCAACAUGCUGGUCAAGAGAGUCACUGAAGACGGUGCAGCAGGGAAGGACACGUCGAGCAGCAUCGGAGACCUGCUGCUGCGGCUCCACUCUCAGUACCCCGGAGACAUCGGCUGCUUCUCCAUCUACUUCCUGAACCACAUGCUGCUGGAGCCGGGCCAGGCCAUGUUCCUGGGGGCCAACGAGCCUCACGCCUACCUCUACGGAGACUGUGUGGAGUGCAUGGCCUGCUCAGACAACACGGUGAGGGCCGGUCUGACUCCCAAAUACAUCGACGUGAACACGCUGUGUGAGAUGCUGAACUACACCCCCGCCCCGGCCAGCUCCAAGAUCUUCCCCUGUGUCCAGGACGCCUCCGACCCCUGCGUCUCCCUGUACGACCCCCCCGUGCCAGACUUCUCUGUCAUGAGGAUACAGGUCCCCCCCUCGGUGAAGCAGUACACCGUUGCCCCCGUCGACAGCGCCAGCAUCCUCCUGGUCAUCGAAGGUGACGCCAUGGCGACCUCUGUCGCUGCCCUCUCUGACAUCACACUGAGCCGGGGCACCGUCCUGUUCGUCUCGGCCAAUGAGAGUGUCUCCCUGCACGUCACAUGCCCCUCAGGGAUGACCAUGUUCCGGGCCUGCUGCCUCCUGUAGCUGCCAGUCUGAAGCUGUGUCUGUGUCUGUGUCUGUGUCUGUGUCUGUGUGUGUGUGUGUGUGUGUGUGUGUGUGUGUGUGUUCCUAAAGAUCUACGCUGCGAUCAGGAUUGAGCCCAAUGAUCCCCCUGCACCUCACAGUAGGUAGUACAUUAAAGGAGCUUUCAGACACAGAGGCCCCCUCCCACCUAAAACCAACCUGCAGUGUUCUUUAGCUUUAAAGUCCACAGCUGAUUUGAAUUGUCUUUUUUAUCUGGAGCGGUGCAAUUUACAUCUUAUAGAAAAAAAACAUAGGAUGUUCUCUUCUAAAUUCUUUAAAGGUGCUGGGUAUAUACUGAGAAUCAAAAGUCAAAUGAUAUGUCCAGAACACUGGCCAUGAUCCUAUUUAAAAAGUAGUAAGGCAGUGCUCAGAUCACUUCAUCCUCGUGGGGUAACUGAUGAGGAAUCUGAAGAAGAUAAAGAUUAAAAUGUUGCAUGAAAGGUUAUUCUUGAACUAUAAAAAAACACAGUAUAAAGGUCUAUUUGGUAUCUUUUCUGGAGCGUAAAGGGACUUCAAUGCUCAGAAGAAAUGAAAAUGUGCAAUUCAACGACAACUAGGCAAACACUUUCUGAUCAUGAAGAUCAUACAGAAUCGUCUAGAACAGCAAAUAAACAUUUGGGCCAAAACAAAUCUUCACAACUGAUCAAGCUCCAUCCACUGAUGGCAGUUCAAAGCCUCCAAAUAGCUAUGAAAUAAUCCUAGAAAUAUUGCUCAAUGCUCAAUUUAAAACUGGUCCUUCUUCAAUGUUUAUGAAAUGUUUCCUUUUUAGUCAUAAAACACUUACAGCUGCACGUUUUUAUCCUAUUACAAUACUUUCUAACUACUGAAGCAGGGUGGAGGACAUGUUUACAGAGGUGCAGUACACCACCAUCACUCACUGCUUUGUACACCUGCAGAACCACCUGAGGACUGAGCAUGUCUGAUAUAUGAACCAGCAGUCUUUCUCAGUUAGUAAAUAUCCAGACCUGGAUAAAAUGCAUAGAUACAAAAGUUGAGAGUAUAUAGUCAUAGUGCAAUACUGAGAUGCCUGUGCAUGUUUGAUUUUGAGCAGUAAGACCGGAGAGGGGCCUUCAAUCUCGACCGGGGAUACAUUUUGUUAGCUUUACCAACAUCUCCUUUAAGAUCGUCCAUACAGCUCAAAACAUUUUUUAGCUGUAUGGACGAUGAUUAAGGCCACAUGUUAAAUCUAAAGUUUUUUUAGACCUGGCCAAAAGUGAGAGUGAGACUAAAGUCAACAUUCUGAGAAGAAAAUCAAAUUUAUUUUAUGAGAAAUUCUGAGAUUAAAGUCAGAAUUUGAGCAAAACCAUUCUGACUUUUUUCUCAGAAGAAGAAAAAAAUGUGGCCCUUAUCUUCUUCUGUACAGCUGUUGGGUUUCUCAGUCUUUGUCAGGAGGGAGAAUAACUUCAUUAAGUUCAAGUUAACAAGGACAAACCAGGACUUGUGAGAAGGAAACGAGAGGAUAUUUUGGCUGAACUAGAUUGACUGAAAUAUCAGUUUGAGCUUUUCAUUGAUAAGAACCUUAGAAAGUUCGGACUAAAAUGCCUUUUAGUCAACUAAAAUAUGCCUGGCUAAAUAUGAUAGUAAACUAAAAAGGACAUUUGACACAGGAUUCAGUAGCAAUCGUGAGUGUCAGUGAAGUUUACCCUGGAAAGUAUUACUGCUUUAAACUGUUACCAGUGCAUGUUUACGGUGUGGAAACUUAUUUUCAAAGUAUAAAACAAUCAUAAAGUUAAAAACUAACAAAGAGGGCCAUUAACCAUCACCGUGCCAUUAACUACAUCUUAAAGUUACUCAUGAGUGAAAAUGCACUACUGCUGCUACAUGCUUACAUGUACAAUUUGACUGAAGCCCGUUAACACAAAUCUUGUACAGUUGUACAACAAAAUGCUGCAUUCAGUUUUAUAGGAAUAUCGUAACAAACAUGUCUGUAUUUAAUAAUAAUAAUAAUGGGUUCCAAUUUCUGAGUGUGUGAAGCUGGAUUUUCAACAGACGUUGCAUGUUUUGUUGUUUGUACUGAUUCUUUAUUACUCGACUUUACAUAAUAAGUGAAAUUAACCCUUGAACAAUACCGUAUUGUAAGGUUUUACCUGUGUGUUAUGUGGUGAUCCAACAUGUUGGUAGAAUAUUGUAAGUAGAUUAUUUCAGUAUGGUGCAAAUUUCCACAUAAUAUUCCAGUUUGUAUCAGGGUCAAUCUGAAUUAAGUCAAUCAAUGAAGUGGAUUCUUCUUGAAUGAAUUAUUUGAAUGAAUGCUCUAACUGCCUGCCAGUGAGUAAAUAUGUCUCUUGUGGUUUGAAUGAAUGACAGUGAAUUGAUCCAAUGCUGGUUAAUGCUUUUACCUAUGACCAUGUAAGUCAUGUGGGUUGAUUUCUAAGCUUGUCCCUGAUGUAUGUGCACUAAACCUUUUAUUUGUUGGUUGUUGAAAUUGUGGGAAAAAGGAAGAAUAUUUGGGAGGUUUUAAGUUAAUAUCAUGGUCUUCUUGAUUAAGGAACCCUUCCUUAAAUUCCUCUUCCUGUAGCUCUAAACAUUAAGGGGUAAUUUUGUUAACAAACCAACUUUUUUUCCAUCUUUUCAAAACAUAUUUUUAUUUAGUUAUCAUGUAGAGAUCACUGAUUUAAAUAUGAAUUGAGUUUGAACUUUUAUUUUAUAUUCUCACAUCGUUGUUACUGAUCUUGUUUUGAGUCACCUUAUCGUUUUAAAAACUGUAUGUCCACACAUUUGCACGUUUGUUUUGUCCACUUUGACCUACUGUCCUUAAAAUGCACAUGACGCUGAAGUGGUUUAACUAUAGUCUUGCAAUAUUUCUCUAGUAAAGGCAUGGAUUAGGGUUUUUAAAUAUGGUUAUGUCUGGGACUGCAGAUAACAUGUGUAUGUAGAAGUGGUUUAAUAAAGCCUUGUUCCAUUACUA